UCCUCCUCCUCCUCCUCCUUCUCCUCCUCUUCGUUGUCAGUCACUGGCUGGAGAAACACGCGUGCUAUCCGCCGGCCUGGUCCCACACCGACUAAGACACACAACACAUCAAGUAACACCAUGAGUUCAGUGGACUUUUUGGCCCAGGAGAAGAUCUGGUUUGACAAACCUCGCUAUGACGAGGCAGAGAGACGCUUCUACGAGCGCACGGACGGCUCCUCCCAACCAACGCAGGAUGUCGGGGCUAACACCAUUCUGCAAGACAUUGCCCGAGCCAGGGAGAACAUCCAGAAAUCUCUCGCAGGAACCAUCAGCAGCGCAGCCGAUCAAGGGGAGAUCAUCUGUCGCAUCAAGAGCCUGGAGCUGGAGAACCACAGCUUACACAAAGUGGUGGAUGACUUGAGGGCUGCACUUUCCAAAUUGGAAUGUCGAGUGUCCGUUCUGGAGAAAUCUCCUGCAGUGGUAACCCCUGCUACCGCUCCUUCAGUACCCUACACAAAUGGCGCUACCGUCCAGCAGAAGACCAGCGCCCCAGUUAAGAACGAGGAGGAAGAGGAUGAUGACGACGACGAUGAUAUUGACCUGUUUGGUAGCGAUGAUGAUGAAGAUGCAGAGAAACUCAAAGAGCAGAGGUUGAAAGAGUACGCAGAGAAGAAGGCCAAGAAGCCUGGCAUCAUCGCCAAGUCUUCCAUCUUAUUGGAUGUCAAACCUUGGGAUGAUGAAACUGACAUGGUAAAGCUGGAGGAGUGUGUUCGCUCGGUGGUGGCUGACGGCCUGUUAUGGGGCACAUCCAAACUGGUUCCUGUGGGUUACGGCAUCAAGAAGCUCCAGAUCGCAUGUGUGGUGGAGGACGACAAGGUGGGAACAGACAUGUUGGAGGAAGAAAUCACCAAGUUUGAAGACUAUAUCCAGAGUGUUGACGUAGCAGCUUUCAACAAGAUCUGAUUCCUCCGUGGCUCUUUCUGUCUUUCAUCAUGCCUUGUUUCUCUGCUGAUUGUGUCAACGGUUAAUAAUAUUAAUAAAAACAAACACUUGUACUGAA